AUGGGUGAUGCUGUGAAUGGACAUUCAUCGUCCUCUGACCUUUUCGUGCGGGAAUAUGACUUCGAGGCAUGUGUUAAUAAUCAUUACCUCGCCACGAGAAGACAUAUGGAAACAAGAUGGCAUUACUCAAUCUACGCCAGCGUGGUCUAUCUUAUAGUUAUAUUUGGUAUACAGCGUCUUAUGAAAGAUCGACCCAAGUUUCAUCUUCGACGGCCGUUGGUGGCGUGGAAUUUAGCGCUCGCAAUAUUCAGUAUAAUCGGCGCUGUCCGUUGCACAAUAAUGCUCUACCUGGUCGUGACAGAGGAUGGAUUUUAUAACUCUGUUUGUGACAAUACGUAUUAUUUGCGAGAGACAGAGUCGUGUUACAAGUUCUGGGGUGUUUUGUUUGUCCACUCUAAAUUUGUUGAGCUUGGGGAUACAUUAUUCGUAGUUUUGAGAAAGCAGAAGUUGACGUUCCUGCACUGGUACCACCACACUACUGUACUUGUGUUCUGCUGUUUAUGCCACCGUGAAAUUGCCUCAUCCGCCUACUGGUUUUUGACAAUGAAUUUCAUAGUCCACGCAUUUAUGUACCUGUACUACGCCAUUAGAUCGUCUGGUUAUCGUCUGCCGGUUAACAUUCAGAUCUCCAUAACCAUUAUGCAAAUUAGCCAAAUGAUAGUUGGUUGCGGCGUUCUGAUAUACGCAUGCGUAAUGAAAUUUGCCGACGUUCGAUGUGACGUCAGUUUUCCUAACCUCACUUAUGGCGGUGUUAUGUACCUAAGCUAUUUUAUGUUAUUCGCUCAUUUCUUCCAUCGAGCUUAUAUCGGCAAGGUUUCGUUUUCGAAAAAUGUCAAGAUAGAAUGA